AUGGAGACCGCCGCUCACACCCGUACAAGGUCGUUCGGUAACCGCAACCGCCACCCCUGCGACUUCUGCCGAUACAAGCGCGCGGCCUGUCUGCUGCCCGGUCCCCCACCCUGCGAGCUCUGCCGGCGGCAGGGCAAAGAGUGCACGUUUGUCGAAGGGCCGAACAAGAGGCGGCGCGUUGCGGAGCGGAUUCACAGUCCUUCCGACGAUGGCCUGGAGAGUCCGACGUACCACACCCGGGCCCCGUCGGAUACGGAGAUGAGGUCUCAGUCUGGGGAGAUGAGUUCGCCGUUGAAUGAGAUGCACUUCAUCGCCGACGGGGCAGAAUCAGCGAGUCUGGUGUCUCCGACCGGGUCCCAACGGGAGUGUCCAGAUGUGUCAUUGCCGGCUUCGCUCGACGCUAAACUCAACCACAAUGCGCAAGUCAUCGGCCUCAGCGGCGAAUCGGACCCGUACUUACUUCAGCUCUAUCAGUUUGACGAGAAGGAUGAGUGCGAAUUUCAACAAUUGCGCAUCCGGAACAUGGGUAUGGAUGAUGGGGUCCCUGUCCAGUUCAUGCUGCAGAAUAAUUCGUUAGCGAGCAGAGCACAGCCAGGAGAUUUUGGAGCCAGCGAAUCAGAUAUCAGAAAUGAGGUCCUCAACAUGGUUUCUGAGGACGUUGGUAGGAGACUUCUAAACUUGUUCUGGCGCUAUGUGCAGCCAUAUUUCCCCAUCCUCUCGGUGGAAUACAUCAUGCAUGAUAACAACGGGGACCCAUCAACGUUGCCUACAUCCCUGGCAGCAGCCAUCUACGGACAUGCACUUCCCUUUUGUGUUUUCGACGACAAACUCUGCGUCGACGUAUACACGCCCCCUUCGGCCGACCGUCUGUUCAAGCUUGCAUGGAUGGCUGCGCUCUCUCAGUUCCACACACCAUCGCUUGCCACCGUGCAGACCAUGCUUCUCCUUAUACAACGACGCCCAACAAACAGACACGUGGCUGAUACGCCGUUCAAAUGGGUUAUGCUCGCUGACACAGUAGCUCUUGCGCAAUGCCUUGGUCUCAACCUGGACCCAAGUGAGUGGUCAAUACCGCCGUGGGAGAAGCGCCUCCGUCGACGGCUGGCAUGGGCGGUGUACGUGCAAGACCGGUGGUUAAGUCUGAACUUUGGUCGCAGUUCACACAUCCAAGACUGCGACUGGGAUGUUUCCUCUCUGGGGCCUGAGGACUUUGGAAGCCUCUCGGGGAUUGAAGAUGAACCUGCGAUAUCCAAGCACUUUCUACACCUGGCGUCGUUGACCGAGAUUGUAUCAAAGAUUCAGCUGAACAUGUUCUCCGUCAAAGCCACCAGGGCCUUAUCGAAGUCACUGGAAGCAAGUUUCGAAGUUGCCAGGCCGCUGCGAAUUGAGCUCGCUCAGUGGUCCCAGGACCAUCCUGAUGUAGGUGAACAGCCCUCGCCAGCUUUACCUCAUCAUGGGCUCGAUGGCAAUGGCAGUCUCCGGCUUGCAUAUAUCACUGCAAAGGUUGCCGUUUUCAAGGCAUUAUUGCGACCAAAGAGUAACGAGGCCCCUGCAGAAGCCCGCGCUGCAUUGCGGACGGGAGCGAUGGCCGUUGCCAGGGAGAUGUACGAUUUCCUUGCCAAGCUGGGGCCUCAUCAUCUGGAAGCAUUCUGGCAUUCGUACUCGCGUGUCAACUUCGCCAUUGCCAGCAACUUCAUCGUUCUUCUCUUCGCCCUAUCGCCGACGUUGGCAGAUGCUGAGGACGCUCUCACGCUUUUGACUCAAUGGCGGAGUUUGUUGCGCAUCAAAUCGAGAAGCUGCGAUCUUUUGAAUCUGAGUUUGUUGCGAUUAGACGCAACGUUUGUCGCAGGGCUGGGGAAGCUCAUUGAACUGACUCCUGCGGCUGCUGAGGCAGUCCUGAACCGGAAGCUUUGA